CAGCGGAGCGUCUCUGAACUUCUGUCCGUCACAGACACUGACAUCUGUCUAUCAUCGGGAUUUCAUGGGAAAGACAGCAGGAGCGGUUCUCUCAUUACACCUGCUACUAUCCGUCCUGCGGCCACGGCAAGAUGUUGAGUGUCCUCUCUGAAGGCCUCAGGUGUGCAGGGACCGAUGGCAAAGCUCCAGCUGAACCUCUACUAUGUAAGUUUGCUGACGGCGGACAGAAGACGAGACUGAAUCAAACUAAACAUACACAAAAAGGACGGAUGUGGAGAGAAGCUGAGGUGCAUCACUUGUGCUCCAUACAGCCAAUCCACACAGUGUUUGUAGGUCAUGUGACCCUCGGGCAGGCAGCUGCAGUAGACAGAACUGCACGUCAAACUGUAACGUGUCAAAGAUCUGUCCCAAUCCAGAGGACGUCUGCGCUGGGGUCUGGUGGAGGGACGAUGGAGUUGUUACUAUAGAAACCAUGUGUCACGACCCCACGCGGCCGCUGCAUGGAGUGAUGUUAGAGGACUUUAGCUCCUCCGGCUGUUUGUUGACAUCCACAUUCACAGCAGGUCGUGACCUCCGUCUGUGUGCAUGUACAGGUCACGCGUGUAACGAUCGUGUGCUCCUCGACAACCAAACAACACCACGUAUCGAGAAAAGGCCUUACCAACUCCCGCAGCUUUGUCGAUUCUGUGACAUUGAAUCUACAACAUGCAACGACACGGGAAUCUGUGAACCCUCCUGUACCAUCUCAGCCGUGUGCGAGAGUCCACGUGAGGUGUGCGCCGGCUCAUGGAGGAGAAUGAAUGGGGUGAGUGUUGUGGAGACUGUGUGUUAUGAUCCAGAGGUCCAGUUUCACGGUCAGCAUUUACUGGAUUAUAACAGCAGCAUCUGUCUGAUGAGACCAGUGAAGACUUCUGAAGACUUCUACAUCUGCUCCUGUAACACUGAAGACUGCAACGCUAAAAUGAUCUUCACUGACCCCGUUGUUUCAGCAGAGGAAGAGAAGAACGGCAUUGAGCCGAUGUUAUUGCUCAUUCUGGUUCCUCUCGUGAUCUGUGCUCUCGUGAUGGUCUCCUUCUUCUACUGCUACCACGUCUCCCGUCAUCUCAAAGCCAUCAAGCGCAAGACAACAGGGACGGACAUCGAGACCUACACCGCCAUCAUCAGCGACGACAACAGUCUGAAUCACAACACGGAGCUGUUGCCCAUCCAGCUGGUCGUCACCGUGGGGAAAGGCCGUUUCUCUGAGGUCUACAGAGCCAAACUCAAGCAGAACAUCAGCGGAGAACCCUUCCAAACCGUCGCCGUGAAGAUCUUUCCUUGCGAAGAAUAUGCCUCGUGGAAAACAGAACGGGAGAUUUUCUCAGACACGGAUCUUCGGCACGAGAACAUUUUGCACUUUCUGACCGCCGAGGAACGGAAGGCGGAACGACAGUAUUGGCUGAUAACAGCCUAUCACGAGCGAGGGAACCUGCAGGACUUCCUGUCCCGCCACGUCGUGAGCUGGGAGGAGCUUUGCCGAUUGGGUGCGUCACUGGCGAGGGGCGUGGCACAUCUGCACAGCGACCAGACGGCGUGCCGGAGACCCAAAGUGCCCAUCGUGCACAGAGACCUAAAGAGCUCGAACGUUCUGGUGAGGACGGAUCUCACCUGCUGCCUGUGUGACUUUGGACUCAGUCUGCGAUUGGAUAACUCCAUGUCUCCUGAAGAACUGGCCAACAGCGGACAGGUCGGCACAGCUCGAUAUAUGGCUCCUGAGGUGCUGGAGUCCAGAAUGGACCUGGAGAACAUCGAGUCCUUCAAACAGGCGGAUGUUUAUUCCAUGGCUCUCAUUCUGUGGGAGAUCAUGUCCAGGUGCAGCGGGAUUGGAGACGUGAGAGAAUAUAAACCUCCGUUUGGGACGUUCGGUGAACAUCCGUGUGUGGACAGCAUGAAGGAUCAUGUGAUCAGAGAUCGACUGAGACCAGAGAUACCGGCCACCUGGAACAGCCACACGGGUGCUGGUUUCUUGAGUUCUACUAUCGAGGAGUGUUGGGAUCAUGAUCCAGAGUCGCGUCUCACUGCUCAGUGUGUCGUGGAGCGUUUUGAUGACAUCAUCAGCAGUGCGGUUCUCCUCCCCGACAGCUCAGAGCAGAAGAGCCCAGACAGUUCUGAGGAGCGAAUCUCUGUCAUUCCAUAGAAUCAUGAGCGAAAUCUCCUGGUCACCAUGGAAACGGAUUUCAUUUGCAACUCUGAUCCACCUGUGAUUUUACAAACUGGAUUUAUUUCGGAUCUAUAUACAUUUAUACACAUGAACGUAAUGCAAUGUUUACCAAAGAAUAUGAUGUCAGGAGCUCAUCUUAUGUGUGUGUGUUUAAAGGAACAGUAUUCCUAACCCAAAAGUGUCUCCUGGAGCCAAAAGGAGGAGAGUAAAUCUGACCCAAAGGAUUCUGGGAAAUGAUGGAUAUCAUAAAAACUAUAAAGAGGACAUUUACGCUUGUGCCAAUGACAGUUAAUGAAUGAUAACUGAGCCGGACAUACAUUUACCUAAAUGAGGAAAAGCAGUGUGUUUAUCAUAGGACGACCCAAAAGCCAUUUAUAAUGAAACUGAAAUCCAACCGAUGUGAACAAAGCAACCAAAACCUUUAUGUAUGUCAUUUUGAUAUCUGUUAUGUUUUUUGUAUGCCAAAAUUUGAACACGUCCAAGUUUUUUAUGCAGGUACUGUACGUAUAAUCAAUAUUUAUAUUGGUUAAGAAAUCAUUUAGUUAUUAAUUAAAACUCAUUGUAAGCCA